AUAUAAACGAAAUUGUAAUUCAUAGCAUAAUAUACAAAAUGGGUGAUGGACAUCCACAAAUUAAUACAUACCAUAUGAAAUGUAACAUAUUAUACUAAAAGGAAUUGCUCGGAAUAUAUGUACAGAAUAAUACGAAAUGCUCAGAGACCAGGUUGCUCAAUCAGAGGGAAUAAUCUGGCAUGCUGACGGAGCCAUAGCAGCAGCGGUAUCUAUUCAGGUCCUUCACCGCGGGAUCUGAGCGCCUUAACUUUUCCCAACAAUAUAUCCGACAACAACAGUCCCUUUCAACGGAUCCGACAGAGACAGAAGGGGGAACAAGGACAGCCGUUUAGCCACUGCCUCUUUGUGGAAAGCGCUUGGCUGUGGGUUUGUACUGUGUUUGAACCAAAGAGCAACCAGACCUGGGCAGUUUCUUGUACACACUCGAGAAAGAACACCUUUCACCUUUAAAGGUCCAGACGAGUUGAAGUCGACACUCCUGCACCCUACUGAAAGCCUUUCAUGCCCUCACAUUACCAUCACUAUGGCUGUGACAGAGUUACUGCUGCGCAGACCGUAGCUCACAUCACGCUCUUUAACCAUACCUUUCUCUAGCUCUUCUCUUUCUUUCUCUCCCUCAAAAUAUGUCCCCCCUCUCCAGUGUUUCUCUCGCUUUCUCUCUUGCUCUCUCUCUCUCAGAUGGGCCAAAGCAGUUAGCGGGCCAGUGCCUGUGCCUUUUCCCCAUGCUUAUCCAUCUUACCAUAGACCCCCCCCCCCCCCCCCCCCCCUCUCUCUCAGAUGGGCCAAAGCAGCUAGCGGGCCAGUGCCUGUGCCUUUUCCCCAUGCUAUCCAUCUUACCAUAGACCCCCCCCCCCCUCUCUCUCAGAUGGGCCAAAGCAGCUAGCGGGCCAGUGCCUGUGCCUUUUCCCCAUGCUAUCCAUCUUACCAUAGACCCCCCCCCCCCCCCCUCUCUCUCAGAUGGGCCAAAGCAGCUAGCGGGCCAGUGCCUGUGCCUUUUCCCCAUGCUAUCCAUCUUACCAUAGACCCCCCCCCCCCCCCUCUCUCUCUCUCUCAGGUCCGUGCCAUCCAUCUUACCAUAGACCCCCCUCCUCUCUCUCUCUCUUUCUCUCUCCUCCCUCUCUCUCUCUCUCUCAGGUCCGUGCCAUCCAUCUUACCAUGGACUCCCUGCUGACAGAGGCCUGUAGAGAGAUCAGAAGCCUGUGCUGGAGACUGGCUCAAUCACACAGCCAUCUAUCCUCUGAGCACAAAGUAGGCCUAACACGUAGCCUGGGUCUAUGAGUGCCUCCUGCCUUCUCUCUACCGGACUGGAUUUAACACAAACUGGACUGGAUUUAACACAGACUGGACUGGAUUUCCUUUUAAGAGCCAUUUGAGGAACUAAAUUACAUUUUGACAAGGAAUAAGCCAUGUAUCCUCUAGUGGUCGUAAGUUUCUUUUGGCUUCUCCCUCUCGCUCUGACGCUGGACGCCCAUUCGCCACUGGACUGCGUUCCGCGUAAAACUGUACCCUAUCAUAGAGAGAAUGGUCGUAUGUUCGGUGAAGAGGGUGUGUGGAACUACUCCACCAUGCUGCUGAGAGAGGACCUGGGUCUUUUGCUGCUGGGAGCCAGGGAGAACAUCUACGCCCUGGACAUCAACAACAUCUCCAACAAGAAGUCCUCUGUAAGUUGGAAAGUGACAGAGAAGCAGCAGAAGGAGUGCAGCUCCAAGGGGAAAAAUCAGAUAGAGUGUCAGAAUUACAUCAGGGUCCUGCAUACGAUGGAAGAUGGUAGGAUGUAUGUGUGUGGGACCAAGGCCUUCAACCCAGAGUGUGACUACAUGUCGUACAAAGACGGAGAGUUGACUCUGGAAAACAAGGCAGAGGAUGGCAAAGGGAAGUGUCCCUUCGAUCCAUUCCAGAGAUUCUCUUCCAUCAUGAUCGACAAAACCCUCUAUUCAGCCACAUCAAUGAACUUCCUGGGUUCUGAGCCUGUGGUGAUGCGCAGCUCUCCCUCCUCCAUACGCACUGAGUUCAAGAGCUCCUGGCUACACGAGCCCAACUUCAUCUCUAUGGCCCAGAUGCCAGAGAGUAGGAACAGCUUAACGGGUGAUGAUGACAAGGUCUACCUGUUCUUCACUGAGACCGCUGUGGAGUACGACUUCUACAGCAAACUGGUGGUGUCCCGCGUAGCACGUGUCUGCAAGGGGGACCUUGGGGGCCAGAGGACACUACAGAAGAAGUGGACGUCGUUUCUAAAGGCCCGUGUGGACUGUCCUGUUCUGGAAUCCCAGCUACCCUACAUCAUACAGGACACCUACCGCUGGUGUGAGGAGGGAGACUGGAGAAGCUGUGUGUUCUAUGCUGUAUUCACAUCACAGUCGGACAGGGUGGACCUCUCUGCAGUGUGUGCAUACAGGGUGUUGGACAUCGGCAGGGUGUUCUCCGAGGGGAAGUACAAGACCCCGGUAACCGUGGAAACGUCCUUUGUGAAGUGGGUGAUGUACAGUGGUGCUGUGCCCUCCCCCAGACCUGGAGCUUGUAUAGAUGACGAGGCUCGUAACCAGGGAAUCAGUCAAAGUCUGGACCUGCCAGACCGGACCCUGCAGUUCAUUAGAGACCGGCCCCUCAUGGACCAGGCUGUUCUGCCCAUCGGAGAGCGCCCCUUGCUGGUCAUGAGAGGCACUGCCUUCACACGUAUCAUAGUACACAGAACACAGGCCCUGGACGGGAAGAAAUACCAUGUCAUGUUCAUAGGCACAGAGGGUGGCAGCGUGUUGAAAGCGCUCAACUACGAUAAGGAGAUGUUCAUCAUCGAGGAAGUGCAGCUCUUCCAGCCCCGUGAGCCAAUCAAAGUCCUCCGUUUCUCCAACACAACGGGUCAGCUGUACGCAGGCUCUGAGUACGGUGCUGUUCAGAUGCCGUUUAGUAGCUGUGGUCGCUCUCGCACCUGUGUGGACUGUGUCCUGGCCAGAGACCCUUACUGUGUCUGGGACAGAACUACAGCCCAGUGUAUCUCCCUGUCUACAGCUAACACAGACAGUGAACUGAUCCAAAGUUUAUGGGUUGGAGACUUCUCUCUCUGCCCCGCCUCAGACCCUGUGAAGAUUGUUAAUCAGACCAUGUGGCUGGGUGGCAACGUGAAGCUCCAGUGCCCCCCCACUUCCAACCUGGCAGAGACCCACUGGGUGAAAGACUCUCUUCCCCUGCCCUCCUCGCCCCGCAACCAGAUCCUCCGAGACAGCCUCCUUAUCCUCAACGCCUCUGCCUCUGACACUGGCCGCUACUGCUGUCUGUCCUUGGAGCGUUCCCACAGCGGGAAGUACACCACCACCGUGGCUGAGUACCAGCUUAGAGUAGGUCUAGAAGGGCUCUCACUCAGACCUGAAGCCCGGACCGAGGGCCCUUCCUUGGCAGCGCUGCAGGUGUCAGUGGCCUUCCUAGCGAUUCUGCUGGCUGUCCUGCUGGGGUGGAACCUGUACAAGGGACACCUGCCCCUGCCUGGGCCCUGUGGGAGAGUAAUAGGAGCAGGGAGAGGGCAGAACCAAGGUGCCCCAGAGGAGGGGGCUGCUCACAUUGCCGUGGCCCACCUAGAGGUCUCAGAGCCUGGGGAGGCGGAGAGCAAGGCCCUGGUGUCUGGAGAAGGAAACUGCACCAGUAAUAACAACCACUCUACUGGGGAGGUGGCAUUAGGAGGGGGUGAGGAGGGGGAAGCCGGAGUUACUUUCCCCUCAUUGCAGUUCAUUGAUGAUGAAUCAGAGAUAUGAUCUUACUGCCAAUGGUAUUUCAGUUUGCUUCAUUUUUUGACUGUAUGCAGUCAGAAUUCAACGGGACUGAACAGUACGCAGCAGAUAAACUGUGACUAGAUCGGACCAACACACCUGUAAUGUUUUGUACAAAGUGGUUGGAGGAGAACUGUAUUGUUUGUGAAACUAUGGUUGCGUUCUGCUGACGUGACAUCAUUGACUGUGUCAUCGACUGACAGAUUGCUAUAACAUAUGUGGUUAGCUGAUAUGUUAAAUACCUAUCCGAGCGUUGUAAGAUCUGGCAGGCGUCAGCAACGCGGGAGCAGAGGAACACACCCUAUGAUUCUGUUACCAGCCAAUCAGACCCAGCUUUUCCUGCUCUAGUGCUGGAUUGGUCAAGUUGAACUGUGGUGGAGGGGACUGGUUAUCAAACUUUGCUUAGAUUUACGAGCACCUAAAGCAUUAGAAACUUGUGACCCACUCAAAUGAACAACCAUCUCUGCCGGUAUCCAACACCCACCUCUAACAAGCAUUGAGAGAGAACUACAAGGAUAGGUAGGAAUUAUCCUAAUUAAAUUAAUAGGAUUGAUAUGACAAUGUUUUACUAUCUUAUUUUUCUCAGUGAAUCAUCCACUUUAUUCCAGAAUGUUUUGUUAGGUGGUCCCUCUCUCUCGUGCCAUUUCUAACCUGUCUAAGUACGUGCCUUCUCAGGAUCCUGUUAACUGUAUCGUGUCAGUGUUGUCUUUAUUAAAACUCUUUCUACUUUCAU